AUGAUGGCCCGUCCACUCAUCACGACCUUCUUCUCCACACUCGUCCUCCUAACCCACCUCCUCCACGUCGGUGCCGCCAGCCCUGUAGCCGAACAAGCUCCUCUCACCGACACCGACACCAGCACCACCUUCGACACACACUACAACCUCGACACCGACACCGACAGCCUCACCCUCACCACCAACCUCCUCGCCCCCCCAUCCUGGUUCACCUCAACCCUCCUCGCCCGCCGCCUCCUCGCCCUCUCCCGCACCGGCACCGCCUCAACCAUCUUCCCCUCCCCCCUCCCUCCCAACUCGCACACCCCCCCUUCCCUAGCCGGCCACUCCACAACCCAAACCGAAUACCUCGCCGACUGCGACCCCCACCUGCCUGCCACCGAUACCUCAUCCGAAUCCGAAUCCCUCAGGGGGCUCGGCAACCCGACCUUCCUGGCCCUGCACGUGGCCACCACCUUCCGCAACACCGCCGCGGGGUCCAACAUCUCCCUCUCCCUGGACUGGUGGGACCACGUCAACGACACUUCCCCGCUCUGGCCGGGGUUUCCCCUCAGCGAGGCCGGAUUACCCCGCGUCACGCUGUUCGGGUACGUCGAGCCGUUUGAGACGCCUGUACCGGAGGCUGUGGAGACCGCAUUGAGGAAGUGUUUCCUUGAGAAACAUCCUGAUGCGGAGGCCUGGUUGCCGGGCAAGGAGGGCGCCCCGCAUAGUAGUUAUUGGGCGAGGUUGAGGGUCGAGCAGGUUUAUUGGAUUGGAGGGUUUGGGGGGUUGCAGAGGAUUGGGUGGUUGAAUGUUAGUGAGUGGAGGGGCGUGACGCAUGGGAGGGGGUGGGGAGAUGUGAGGUUGCCGGGGGAGGAGGAGUGA